AUGCAAGCCAGUCCAGUUUCUCCUCCAGACGUAAAACCCAAUACAAAGCAGCAGCAAAAGCGGCGCAGAAGAAGACGUCAGCAUCGCAAAAAGAAAAAACAAGAAGGGUUAGUUCCUAAGAAACCAACCCAUCUCGACCUUACCGAUUUGACAAGCGAGGCAUCAGCAUUAGAACGACAAUUGGGAGAGCUACAAGCCCAGUUGAAAAUCAACCAUGCCAACAUGCCAGGAAAAGAACAAGGUCGUCGUGCCAAUGCCAUAGCAGCAGAACAAAUUACAGCCACCGAAGAUGAAAUCGAUUACGUUCGCAAGAGCCUCAAAUCCAUCUAUGGUCGCAUCCUGACAGAAGAUAUCACCUAUGCUGCAUCUCAUCACAUUGAAGACAAAUUAUGGCGCUACAUUUGCUACCCCAACAUUGAAGAAGUUCGCAGCAAAUUACGCAAGUUGAAUGGUGGAACAGAUCAAGCGACUCGUGACCGAUUACAAAAACAACUCUUGAAACGUAUCGACAGCAAUUACAAGUUUUAUCGAGAACUCAACACCAAAAUCAAGGCGGAUCAUCAUGUCGACCUCAAAACAAUUGGAAUCGACUUGUUUCGUCAAACAGGGGACGACCAAAUUGCCAUCAUCCUUCAAUCCAACUACAUUUGUAUGGGCGACAUUGCUCGAUAUCGUGCCUCCGCUGUGGAUAAGCAAUCAAGUGGAGAACAAUGGAAGCUUGCCAAGGAAUGUUAUCAGAAAGCAGCCGAGGUCUAUCGCUUUAGUGGCAAGCCCUAUUCCCAAAUGGCACUCGUAUCCAUCUCCAAUGGCAGUGUAAUCGAUGUUGUAUGGUACUAUUGUAUGAGUUUGGCCAUGAAACACCCAUCCACAGUAGGCCGAGACAACCUACGUGCCUUUUAUUCCAAGAUUCGCUUUUCAACUCAAAAGGAACCUGAUGUCAAGAGUGGUACGAAGCUCAUAUCACACUUUGUUGAGUCAUUUCUCCAAUUGCAUCGACAAGUCAUGUUUGGUGGUGAAGAAUUGAGCUCGUUGAACGUGCCAGCUUCGUUACUUGACACUGUCAUUUCCAAUGUGAUUACUACUGCCACAGCCGAAGAUGAAUCAUCCGAUGACAUUCCCAAAGUGAUCACCUCCACACUUCACGUGUUGAAAAACAUGCUUACCCGUACCACUGUCAUUCUUGUUAUCACCAUUUGGCAUCUUGGAGAACGAAUGAAAAACAAAGGCAACGCAUCACAAUGGCCGCAGCUUCAAUCAGCCCAAAUGCGUAUCUUGGAAUAUGGAUUUAAGAUUUUCACGGAUCUUUUGAAAGCGGUCGAAUCAGCCAGCAAUGCCAAGGACAAGAUGACCGAGGAAAAAUACAAUCGAUUGAGUUACAUGGUGGAUUAUGCGUUAUUAUCAGGGCUCUCCAUCUGGUGCACGUUCCUUGCCAACAACAUGCAUGUGAUUUCCCAAUAUUGCACGAGUACUGAUAUGCGUGGUGCACGCGAUAAUGAACGCCGUACAUUGGUGAAAGCGAUCCAAGCCUUUUCUUCUUGUCUUAUUGCCCAUCCCAUGUUCCCUGAUCCUGUCAUGCACGUAUUGCCGCCAACCUAUCCAAUUUCUGAAGAUCUCACUUUACUUGGUGUGGUCCCUUUUGCUCGAUUCCAUGGCACAGUGGAUUACUUUAAAGAAGUGGAUUACAGUGAAGCGGAUGAAGCAAGUGUGGAUGCAAGACGUAAUAUUCGUUGGGGUCGUGUACGUGAAUUGAUACGCAAGAUUGCAGAGUCUACGGCAUUUGAUUUUGUGCAAUACAACAAGAAUGAGCAAAAGUAUACUGUGCUCGAUGAAAAUGCAAAGCGUCAACAACAGAAUCGAUUCAUGAAGGCUUUGGCGACACAACGUCUGAUGGAACAAGUAUCAUCUUUGGAAAAGAAUGUGAAUCGCAUGCACAUGUCAGCUGGACUUCCACCUAGUGGCAAACCAGAAGUAUACACGGUCGUGUUGGAUGUCACUGCCUUCUUGGAUGGUCUCAGUAAAGUGAAAAAGUGGGCCAAUCAAACACUCAACCCCAACAAUCGUACCCAAGGCAGUAUUCUCGAAGUCAUUGUUCCUCUCGAAACCAUCGAUGCCUUGGAUUUCCACAAGAAAGGAUCAUCUCAUAUGAAUAUGCAGGCUCGUGAGUCGAUUCGCUACAUUGAUCAACAUUUGGCCGAGGAGAAGCCCACCAAUGCAUCGUAUAUGCGUACACAAAAAUUGAGCGAGCAAUUGAGCGAUUGGAGCCAAGCUGAGAAUUAUUGGAUUGGAGAAGAAUCUCGUGCCAACAUUGUCGACACGCUAUUAUCAGAUGAUGAGGAUGAAGAGCAAUCUCCCAACCCACCUGAUGAUGAAGAAGGUGCAAGCUCUGAUGCCGAAUCAGUUGCCAGUGAAGAAUUGUUCAAGUCUCGACGACGACGUGGUGGUGAUCAUGAUGAAGAUGAAAGUUCUGAUGAAGAAGAAGGGAGCUCUGAUGAAGAAGAAGAUGACAGCGAGGAUGAAAGUAGCCAAGAUGAGGAUGAGGAGGAUGCCGAAGAAGAUCAACCCAUUGAGUUCAAUCAAGUACCACGAGCCUAUAUCCCCAUUAUCAGCUGCAUGCUCUAUUAUCUCAAGGAACAUUUGGUGCUAGUGACCAAUGAUGAAAACUUGGCAUGGUGGGCUGAGAUGUUUGGUGAUCCCGAGACAGGACGACGUCUCUGUGUCAAAACGGUGGAUGAAUGGGAUCAAAGUGUCCGUAACAUGAGUUUCGGCAAAGCAUAUACACAUUCUUGGAAAAAGAGAUAG